AUGCCUAUUACUUUCGACGACAAACACGGCGGCCGUGUGCCUGUUGCUCGCCAGAAUGAGGCGAUGAAGGUGCUGAAGAAAGCUGUCAGCGCUAAAGAUCUCGCUAAGUGGCCUUACUGCCACAUCAGCUUCGGUGACGGCGGUUCAUUUACCUACCGCUGCUUCUCAAGCGCCCAGAAAAAGAUCGGUCAGCAAGGUCCUGCAGGCGCGGGCAAGAUUUGA